GCCCCCCACUCCGCUCCUCCCUUCCGUCCCCUCGGCGCCCCGGGCCGCCCGGCUCUCCGCGGAGCCCAGGCGUCUGCGGCGCCCGCCUGCUGCCGCCGGUUAGCCCUUACCCGGUCUUCGCGGCUGGACCUGGUGGCUUACCGGCGCCUGGGGGGCUGGAUUUGAGAUUGUGGGUCCACCCCUCUAAGAAUCUUGAUCACGCAGGUCUGGGCUGAGACUCAGCCAUCAGUUUGGCUAGUACACCCUCCCCCACACCGGACCCCUGCAGCCCCGGCAACGCGGACGGCCGCACCACGCGCUGAGGAAGGGAGACCUCCCGCAGGCUCGCCUAGGCUGCCCCUGCCCCCCAUCGGCCUCCCCUCCCGAGCCCCUAUUCUCUUUACUACCUAGUAUGGUCGCUCGAUACAGCUCUAGUCUCGCAAAGCCGACCGGCUGGCGGAUGCGCCCACUCUGCGAAGGAAAACGGUGAGGCCCUGCGAGAAGAGACCAGCCACAAAGUAGUUCCCGGUAGCUCUUACCCCCGGAGCUGUUACCGACUCCACGGCCUUGACGAGGAGUUGAGAUUGACACCCAUCAGCGGCAGUUCCCAGGCCUCUGCGGAAGUCACUCCUUUCAGCCUCAGUGACACGCUCCUGCUAAUUCCUGUUCGGCACUUCCAGGCUCUCUAAAUCCAAGUGAGAUGAGGGUUAUGAAGGCUGUUUGUAAACUGAGUAGUAUUGUCCACUUGCGACCUAUGAAAACAGUACCCUUUCCCUUAGGGUACAUGUAAUGGCCUGCACUUCUUUAUGUUCUCACAUCGCCGCAGUGCCUGUACCAGUGCCUAACGUGAGCGUGCUGACGAUGGCCGCGGCCAGAGCCUAGAUUCCUUUGUGCUCCGGGGAACGCUCCCAUUUUCCAGUCUUCCUGCCUUCGAUUUCUCAUUACGGGGUAGACAAGCUUCAGGUUGAAGAACUGGCUCUCCAGUCAAUGAUUAGUUCUGGGAGAGAAGAUGAGAUGCUGUCUUCUCAACCUGCGCCUGAACAGUCACAUGAUAUGUUGGUGCAUGUAGACAAUGAAGCAUCAAUCAACCAGACCGCACUGGAGUUGAGCACAAGGAGCCAUGUGCCAGAAGAGGAGGAGGAGGAGGAGGAGGAAGAAUCAGAUUCCUGAAGGGGAGAAGAGCCAGGGUUAGUCACAGGAGUUAAGUUCUAAGCCGCAGGAACUUUCUCUCUUCAAAGAAUUCUUGCCAUGGGCCCUGUAGCCUCCUUUAAAAGGAAGCAAGAACUUUAGAAGGAUGUGUAGUUGUAGAAAUGGUUCCAUCAAUAACUCAAGUUUCAGAGUGCUUUAACCAAAAUUAGUGACAUACAGAAAAGCUGAGAUGCAGUGUUUCAAUAUUGAGCAGUAUGGGUGGUGCUGUGUUUAUAUUCUGGUCAGAUUCAGUAAUUGUGUUCAAAACCAAAAACUUACUCUGAAAUGCUACUGAGAAGGUCUGGCAUUUGCAAAAAGGGCAGAGUUUAAAUACAAGCCAGCCUUUACAAUCAACAAGGCCUCUUUUAAGAAAACCAAUUAUAAACACUGUUUGCAUGCCAUUGAACCCUUGUGAGCAGAGCAAGGCCACAGUGUGGGAGAGAAAGAUGACAAAGAGGAGGACAGAGGGCCACUUGAGAGCACAAGCUGUUGCCACCUCUCAGUGACAUCGUAAAACGGCCUACUAACAUGCUUUGUAUGGCUGUUACCACAUCUAGGUUGAGACAUCACUAUGGUAAAAUGUGCUUAGAAAUAAAGAUAAAUAGUCGUCAUGCAGCUUGCUGCUUUCCAGACAGAAACAGAAAAGGGUCAGUUCCCCUGGGGCGAACAAUAUAGUAGGAUGGUUGAAAACCCAUUUCUGGACUUAGGAAAUGUGCCAUUGAAGGAUCACUGGGCUUGGGAGGUUGGAUUUUGUAAUAAAGAGAUGACAGUUACAGAGUAAGAGUUGUUAAACUUCGUAUUUGAAGUUGAGACUCAUUUCUGCAUACUGUCCCUUUUCCAUUGAAUGUACAGACAAGUAGUUGCUUAAUUUUAUGAAAGUAAUUGGCCCUGCCCAGAAAAGCCAAACAAAACACAAACAACCUCCUCAAGCACAGCUCCUUACAAAACUGUUCCAGAAGAGAGCACUGACAUAUUUGUUAAUAUUUCAUUAAAGUUAUUUUGAGCUACUCUUACAGGAAGUAGCCAGAAGUUUAAAUGAGCAUGUUUCUUGGAAAACACAGUGUGAAAAUUAUUUUGCAACAAAAAGCAUCAAGGUACACAUCUUGGGGACUAACUUAAAACAUGAGCAUGGGUUUUUAAGAGCUAGAAAAGUUGGGUAUGAAUUCUAGCUUGACCACCAACUGGUUGCUUGCUUUUCACCUUUGCAGCUCACUUUCCCAUCUGUAAAAUGAGAGUACUCGUAUCUGCUCUAGCAGUUUUACAGGUCCUUGUGAGACACUCACAGGCAUCCUUUAAAAAUCCAACUAUUGGCAAUUUCCUGGUGGUCCAGUGGUUAGGACUCCGCGCUUUCACUGCCGAGGGCCCGGGUUCAAUCCCUGGUGGGGGAACUAAGAUCCUGCAAGCCUUGCGGCGGCUGGGGAAAAAAAUCUGACUAUUAUUGGCAUCUCAGUAAGGAAGUUUGAGUAAGGAAUUUGGCCUGAGGAACUCAAAAAACACAGCAAGAGUGAUGUAGGGAACAUCAUUCUUGAGAAUUAGAUCAUUCUUGGUGAAAAGUACUAGGAAGAAAUCUUUUUGACUCUCAAAAUGAAAUACCUUUGGAUGUGAAUAGAGGAUUUAAAACACCCCUCAAAAGAAAUUGACCUUGGAAGUGUUCAGAUCCAGGUUUUAGACACCAGGUUGCCCCAUUCAUUAGUUGGCACACUUUGAGACAUUCUCAGUGGUGGUGACAUCCUCUCUGUUAGGAAAAGACCCUGGGUGUGAGUAGGGUGUGGGUCUUAAACCUCGUCUGAAUGUUUGUGUAUUGAAAACAUGUAAGUUAGGCUGUUGACCUAGAAC